CCGCAUUUUGUAACGAGCUCUCAGGGGAAUACAAGAUGCGUUUAGCUUUAAACUGCGCCUUCAUUCUGACAGCCGUCGUGCUGUGUGCGGCGUACAAGGUGCCAAGCGCCCAAGUGCGAGUGUUCUAUCCCAAGGGAUUUGAGGUUUCCAUACCGCACGAGGAGGGCAUUACAUUGUUCGCCUUCCAUGGCAAGCUAAACGAGGAUUUUGAUGGAUUGGAAGCUGGCACAUGGGCGCGCGAUAUACCCAGUGCGAAAAAGGGACGCUGGACGUUCCGUGAUCGGGAAACCGUUUUGAAUAUAGGCGACACGCUGUACUACUGGACCUUUGUCGUCUAUAAUGGAUUGGGCUAUCGCGAGGAUGAUGGCGCGUAUGUGGUCACCGAGUAUACGCAAGCUGGGAAGUCCUAAGACAGCUUGAAAUAAGCACGAAAUCUACGUUUCUAUCGUGAAUGGCUGAUUUCCAUUGUGUGUCAAUUAUAAAACCUGUCUUUAAUUAACAUUAUAAGUAGCCAUAGAAAGUUGAAAUGGUUUAUAUGGGGUAUUCUCUUAUAUAUACGAUACAU